ACUUCCUUUAUCUGAGGUCAAGGAUUGUUGUCACUCUUAAUUAGUAGAUGUCACACUACCAAAUAAGUUUCUAAGGUUCUAAGAUGUCACGGAAUUUAUGGAUUUUCCUGUUAAUACUUCUGAGCAUUAUUGUGAUAGCCAGUUCCAGACGUAGUAGAGGAAGAUGGUACAGAGGCCGAUCCGGCAGACGUUCACUUGCUGACCGACUACGAGAUCGCGGGACGAAACCGUCUAAUCAUCGUCCAAGACAGCGCCAUGGAUGGGGUAGAUGGGGUUCAGGUUGGGGGGCAGGACAAGAUCACAGAACUAGAGUUGAAGAGGAAUUAGAUGAUCUUUUUAGAAGAAUAAAGGACAGGCGAUAUGGAUUUAAUUUUGAAGAUAAAUUUUGGUUAGACUUCGGUUGGAAUUCCAGAAAUGAGCCGAAACCUUGGUGGGAAGGACCCAAUGUCUGUAAAGAUGAGAAAGAGUCAAUUGAAAACACAAGUAUUUCAGACACUGGUCCAAUUUCCAGACAUUUCAGUUUUAAAAACCAAGUUUGUGACCAGUCCGAAACAUCCUAUAAAUGUACAACCAAAACAGGAAUAUUUAUGAAACAGAAAACAGUUACAGAAGUUUAUGAAUGUUGUCCUGGCUUUACUAGAAAAGAUGAAAUGUUUGGUUGUCCAACAGAGUUCAAAUUAGAUGGUUUGGUCAAGACAGCUCGAAAUCUCGGUUUAACCGAAUUUUUGAGAGCAACAGAAAGUGUGUCUCUGACUGAUGAUCUUGAGAAAGGCAACUUCACUGUUUUCGCUCCAGUAAAUAAAGCUUUUGAAGAUGAAAAGAAUAUACUUCCCGAAUUGGAAACAAUUUUACCCAAGGACAUGCCAUCAGUGGUAAUGGUUUCCAAGCCCUUAACAGAUCUAGUCAUAGCUGAUAUGAGCAAUGUUCUUCUUGGGCAUCUGGUUUAUGAUACCCUUAAAACAAGUGGUCUAAAUGAUGAACAACUGAUUGAGACCGCCAGUCCUUUUGAUUCCUUGCUAAGAGUCAAUUUUUUCUCAAGACCCGAAAAGCUGAUAACUGUCAACUGUGCUCGUAUUCUAUCAGCUGAUAAUCAAGCCACCAAUGGGAUCAUCCAUACAGUAGACAGGAUUAUUAAACCUGUAACGGAUAGCAUUGUCGAUAUCAUCAGCCAAAAUCCAAACCUAAGUUAUCUGAAAACAGCAUUGGCUCGAGCUGAUUUAGUAAAGGCAUUAAGAGGAACUGGACAGUAUACAUUGUUUGCUCCUACUGACGCAGCUUUUGAGAAGCUUGAACCAAGUAUAAGAGACCGACUUAUUAAAGGCGAAAAGUCAUGUUUAGAAAAGGUUUUGAAGAAUCAUUUACUGACCAGUGUUAUAUGUUCCACUGUCAUCCAAGGCACUGUUACAACAACAAACUUGUUAAAUAAAUACCUGAAUUUAACACGCACGGAGGACGAUAAACUGUUUGUGGAAGGUUCUCAGAUGGUUGGACGAGAUAUUAUGGCCACCAAUGGUGUUAUUCACGUCAUUGAGGAUGUCUUAGUACCAGAUCAAGCUCUGGGAUUAAUAGAUGUAGCGGAAAAAAACAAUCUAACUAAAUUUGUGGAAUUGUUGAAGGAAACCGGAAUGUUCAAAGGCAUCACUAAGAUGGAAAAUUUGACUUUAUUUAUUCCAAGUAACAAUGCUUUUGAGAAAUUAGAAGAGAAGGUGUCUUUAGAAGAACUGAAGAAAGAUAAAAAGAAAGUAGAGGACAUCGUAAUGUAUCACGUGGUACCAGAAGUAGUAACCUGUAGCAGAUUACACAAUAAUUAUAAAUUGUCCACAGAGAAUGAAAGAAACAUAAGAAUGAACAGAUAUUCAACAUUUCCCUUCCGCCAUCAUUCUAUCCAAACAGCCCAAUGUGCACCGAUAAUAAAAGAAAAUGUUCCUGCUUGUAAUGGUGUAAUUAAUAUUGUAAAUGAGGUAUUGUUACCACCAGUUGGUAAUGUUGUUGACAAUUUGGCAUCUAAAAAAAAAUUCUCAACUCUUGUACGUUUGAUGAAGAAAUCUGGACUAGCUGAUAUGCUUCAAGAAGAAGGACCAUUUACCAUGUUUGCUCCAACCAACGAGGCUUUUGAUGACUUAUAUGAAGAAGACCUGGAAAAAAUUGAAGACAACCCAGAAGUACUUAAAAAAGUUUUACAAAACCAUAUCGUUCAAGAAUUUGUAUGUUGUGCCAGUAUCAGUAUGGUAAGAAGUUGGUUUGAUGUAGCCAGUGUAAGAACCCUGUCUGGUGUUAGAUUCCCCGUCAAAGAACGUCAUGGUACCAUUCAAUUUAAUCACGCAGUAGUCACAGAAUGUGAUAACACGGCUACAAAUGGUGUCGUUCACGCUAUUGACAAAGUCACUUUGAGCCCAGAGAGGCCAUUUUGGAAAAGAGAUUUUUAUCAUUGGUAAUUUCCAUUUUGUCAAAUUCGAUACGCAUAAUUCGAAUUACUCUUUACUUUGAUAAAUACUACUGCGAAUAAAUCAGCUCGUCAAUUCGCUUAAAUGUUGUUUUAAUGUUAUAUAUAUAUAGAUAUAAACUUUAUAUCUGCUAUGUGUUUGAUCUUUUCCACAUUGUCUUGUUGGUCUCAAUGAAACUUGUGUGAUUAUUAUCAUUAGAUAUUUAUCUACAGGGUACAUUACAUAUAUUCAGAUUUACACCCACCAGAAUUGAUAUCAUUAAUAAAAUGAACAU